UCUCUGAUGUUCCAUGCUUACUGCCUAUGGUAGCAUUGUUGAAGUCCAUUUCAUAGCUCAAGCAUCUCCGAUUGCGAUCUUAGCUUAGGAACCAAACGUAACUACCUCGAAUUCAUUUUCUGUGGAAAUUGUAAUUAGAUCCUACAUUGAGCUAUCGAUCCUCUCGUUCUGUUCACGGGAAUAGAUUUGUUGGUUUAUGUUCUAGAACCGGCGAUGGGACGAAACAGAGAUCUGCGAAAGAAGAGAGGAUCCUGCCGUGGAAGCUGGAUAUCACUGUGGGAGCUUUGAAGUAGAUGUUUCUGGUGUUUGAUUUGUAAGAUUCGCUAAGCAGAGAUGAGUUCUCGGCUUAAAGACGAGCUUAAAAGCCUCUGUUGCAACAAUGGCUGGUCGUAUGGAGUCUUCUGGCGCGUCAAUCGCCGUAACUCCCUGCUGUUGACCUUGGAAGAUGCCUAUUAUGGAGAACAAAUGGGCAUGGUAAUCGACAAAGUGCUUCCUCAGGUCCACUUGUUGGGAGAAGGAAUCAUUGGACAAACUGCCUUCACUGGGAAGCACCGUUGGUUGUUCUUAGAUGCUUGCUCUGGAGAAAGGAAUCCUUCAGGAUAUGUUGCCAGUGAAGAUGUCUUUCAGGAUAAUUCAGAGUUUCAUCAUCUGCUUUCCUCUGGAAUAAAGACGGUUGCGGUUAUUUCUGUGGCACCACAGGGUGUGGUACAGUUUGGAUCCACCAAGAAGAUUCUGGAGAGGUCGGAGUUUGUGGAUCACACUCAAAGUUUGUUUCGGCGGAUUGAAAGUAUUGAUAGGCUAAUUCUAUCGCAAAAUGCACUGAGAGAUGUGAAAGAUGAAGUCUAUGAUCCAUGUGGAUCAUUUGCUUCUGUAGUAUUGUCUGGCAAUUCUCAUCCCAAUUAUGGAAACAUCAAACCCUUGCAUGAUGACAGCUGCAAAGAGAUGAUGGUAAAAUCCCAUUCAUCAUUAAUGAUUCCUCAAUCUUCCGCUUUUACAUCAGAUUGGCACCAUGGUAGCAUGUCCACCUUGAUUGGUAACCAAUUUCACCUCAAAAGCCAAUAUCACAUGGAAGGUGUGGAGGCUCAAAUGACAUUAUCAAAACCUAGUAUGCAGUUGUCAGAGGGCUUGUCACACUCUUAUUCCAGUUGUACCGAGAACACUGUUUGCAGACUCCGAACCAUGAGUUCCCUGAGUUGUGAAGGUUCAACCCUAAAUUCGUUUGAACCAAAACUACUGUGUGGAACUGGAAUGCGUGCUACUCCAAAAGUACCUUCAGCCAAUCUGAAUACUCCUGUAUCUUCCAGAAACUUACAUGUGGAUUUCCAAGGGGAAUCAACCUUCCCUCCUUUAUGCAGCAUAGGCAGGUCACUUGAUCCGGCUUCUGACAAAGGAUUAGUUGAAGGCAACAAAACUAGCAGAUAUGACGCAGAGGAAUUGAUAAAUUUCCAGCCACUCACUCACUCAACCCAUCUAACAGAAGAUGAACCUCCGAAGGUAUCAUCUAGCUUUCCUACAUUCACUGGAGAGUAUAGGUCAUCCAAUGCUACAGCAGCAGUCUCUCAGUUGGGUGAUCCACCAUUAGAGCAGGGAAACGAUGGAGUGGCACUGAAUGUCAAUUUGUCACAACCAUUAGUAGUGCCAGGUAACCAGUUGAACCAGGCAGUUACACCUGCCACCAAUAACAUAAAUUCUUCUGGAGCUGUAUGUGAUGGGAAAGGAAAGUCUUCAAAUGCUUAUGUGCAAAUGCUUGCUGAAAACGAACUUUUUGAUAGUUUGGGAUUGGAUUUUAGCAGCUGCCAGAGCCGAGAGUGCUGGGAUGGUGGUAUAUUGCCACUAGGGACCGGUGGCUGCCCAAGUUUUACUGGUAUUUCAGAGUGUAUCUCAGAGUUAGAUGUUGGUUCCAUGGCCGUUCCCCAGAGAGGAUUCUUCUCUGGUGAACAGUUGUUAAAUGAUGUCUGUAACUUUAACUCGGUCACUUAUCCUACUUCAGAGGAUUCUGCAACAACUAUAACGAGAACAGGAAGUACUUCAGGAUACUGUAAUCAAAUUCAGUUGGCUGGUCUCUCUUGCUUGGGUGGAAAUAACGAUGUGGUGCUGCCUGAAUAUGACAACCUGGAGAGGAUUAACAAUGUUGUAUUUCAGAAAGAGAUUGUUGCGAAAUCUCAUGUGGGAUCAUGGAUAGAUGAUAGCUAUAGCAUGAAUGCGGAGAGUUCUGUGGUUACUCAGCCUAAGAGAACUGAAGAACCGGCCACAGUUACCAAGAAAAGAGCUCGGCCUGGAGAAAGUACUCGACCAAGGCCCAAAGACCGUCAGCAAAUCCAAGACCGCAUCAAAGAGCUGCGAGAGAUUGUGCCUAAUGGUGCAAAGUGUAGCAUCGAUGCUUUGUUGGAUCGAGCCAUCAAAUAUAUGCUCUUCUUGCAAAGUGUGACUAAAUACGCCGAUCAACUUAAAAAAGAUGAUGAGCCUAAAAUGAUUGGUGAUGAGAACUGUGUGAUUCUAAAAGACAAUACAAGCGGUGAUGGUUGUGGUGCUACCUGGGCUUUUGAAGUCGGUGGUCAAACCAUGGUCUGCCCAAUUAUAGUUGAGGACCUUGAGCCCCCUAGGCAGAUGUUGAUAGAGAUGCUUUGUGAAGAGCAGGGUUUCUCUCUUGAGAUAGCAGAUAUUAUUCGGGGUUUUGGCUUGACUAUCUUGAAGGGAGUGAUCGAAGUUCAAGAAGAUAAGUUCUGGGCACGGUUUGUCGUUGAGGCAAGCAAGGAAGUAACCAGAAUGGACAUAUUUUUGUCACUUGUUCAUCUUCUGCAACAAACAGUGAGUAGUGGGGUUGGUUCAGCUAAUCAGCAAAGCAAGGUUGUUGAUAGUGAGGUUCCUCUAUUUAACAAUUUCCAGCAAUCUUCAAUGCCACUCCCAAUCAGGUUGGUUGAUGGAAUGCAGUGACCAGAUCCAUAAAAUCAUGGUCCAGAAUUUCCUCGAGCAGUCACCAUCGUGUGCCUUGCCAUGACUGGUAGUAUUCUACAAAAUUGCCCUCCAAGAGUGACAAAAAAGCUUCAUAUUUAUCCAAGUCUCUCCAAAACGAAAGAGGAGGUGUACAAGGGAAUUAUACUUUCUCCUCUGUACCAAGACAGUAGUGUAGAGAUGGGUAUAUAUGCAUGUGGAGAAUUUCUGAAAAUGCAGGUGCUUUCGAUAUUGCUAUUGUAAAUGACAUUCUGUCCAAGAGUGGAAGUCUGGUAAGGAAUGGGCUUGUGCAAAGGGGUUUGUGGCUGUGAUGAGAUGAGGUCCAUUUUGGACAAAUACAGAGCAAGGAUGCCAAGCACAAACAGAGAGAGAGAGGGUGGAUUUGAGACUUUGAGUGCUCUCUCUUCUUGGGUUCUUUCCUAACUUGUGUAUAGCCCCGGAAUUUUCAUUGAAAUUGAAAUUAGAAGUAGUUAAUAAAGCUGGCCUAAGAGUUGUUUCA